AUGGCGACGGCAUCGACACCGACGGCCUCGCUGCUCUCGCUGCUGCACCGCUCAUACCCACGAGCAGUCCCUCUGCAGGCGACGGAGGUGAACCUGCACACGCUCACGCCGCUCAUCUUCCCCACGGUGCUGUACUCGGACGCGGAGCGAGCCGAGAUCGAGUCAUGGCUGGCGGAGGUCAGCAGGCUGGCAGAAAGCCUGAGGGAGGGCGCAGACGCUGAGAAGCUGGGGCUGGGAGAGCAGCUGAAGAAGAUCAACGGGCACCUGGCGAUGCGGACCACGAUGCUGGGCGUGAAGCCUUCUGUGCUGGACGUGGCGCUGUAUGCAGCUCUGGCGCCCGUGGUGGAGAAGUGGACAGCCGAGCAGCGGACGGGGGAGGACGGGUACCAUCAUAUCGUGCGGCAUGUGGACUUUGUGCAGAACGCAGAGCUGUUUGGGCUGGCCAUACCGGCUGAGGAGAAGGUUGCCAUUGACCUGGAUAAUGUGGUUGCUUUACCUAAGGACGAGAAGAAGGCUAAGAAGGAGAAGAAGGGCGAAGCUACGGUUGUUGUUGGAAAGGGGAAGCCAGAGGCUAACUCUACUGCUAAGGGAGAAGCUGCUGGUGCGGCCGCCGCUGCCGCUGGAGGUGAAGCCGCGGCAGGGGAGAAGAAGGCGAAGAAGGAAAAGAAGGAGAAGCAGCCUCGACAGAAACCUGCUCCGGCACCUGCAGCACCCAUGUCUCCGUGCGUCAUCGACCUGCGCGUCGGCCACAUCCUUCGCGCCAUCAACCACCCGAACGCAGACUCGCUGUACGUCUCGACGAUAGCAUGCGGUGAUGCUCCCGGAAGCGACAACACGCAGCUCGACGAAGAGACCGGCCUUACUGUCCGCACUGUCUGCUCUGGUCUGAACGGCCUGGUACCCCUGGAGGAGAUGCAGGGCCGCAAGGUGGUGACGGUCUGCAACCUGAAGCCGGUGACGAUGCGAGGGAUCAAGUCUGCGGCUAUGGUGCUGGCAGCGUCACCGCGCAACGACGACUCCCAUGCCGGCCCCGUCGAGCUGGUCACUCCACCUGAAGGUGCUGAGGCAGGCGAGCGAGUCUAUUUUGACGGGUGGAACGAGGGCGAGCCGGAGAAGCAGCUGAACCCGAAGAAGAAGAUGUGGGAGACCUUCCAGCCCGGCUUCACGACGACGGAGGGACUCGAGGUUGUCUUUGAGAGCGCCGCGGUGCCUCAGGUGAGCGAGACUGCGGCCUCGAAGCCGGCCAUGGGCAGGCUGAUGGUCAAGUCCGGUGGUGUCUGCACCGUCAAGAGCCUUGCCGGAGCUACUGUCAGGUAG